AUCCUUCCGUCAUUCCUCAGUCAUGCGCACUAGCAGUGUCAGAUCUAGCAGAUCGAGUUAGUACAGGCUGAUCACUUCACUGGACUCAGCCUGAUCUAUUAUUCACCUGCUGCAUCCUCGCGCGUUGGCUCUUUCCGCUGCUGGAUAGAGCGACCUUUCAAGAUCGACGCUGUUGGGAGUUCGUUGUACCGUGCCGAGUAUUCUGCUGUGUAUUCUGCCGAGCAAAUGGCGUUCCUUCGGCCGAAUCUGUCGCUGGCGUUUGUCGCCGUCGCACUGCUUGCCUCCGUGACCGGCAUCGCUGCGCUCUACGGGCCCUCGUCCGACGUGGCCAUUCUCUCGCCCUCCAACUUCAAAUCCUCGGUGGUCGACUCCGGCGAGGUGGUGCUCGUCGAGUUCUUCGCGCCGUGGUGCGGCCACUGCAAGAAUCUCGCGCCCGCGUGGGAGAAAGCCGCUACGGCGCUCAAGGGCAUAGUGACGGUGGCGGCGGUGGACUGCGACGCGAACCCGUCGCUCGCGCAGGAGUACGGCGUGCAGGGCUUCCCCACCAUCAAGGUGUUCGCGCCGCACCUAAAGGCGCCCGCCGAUUACCAGGGCCAGCGCGACGCCAAGGCCAUCGUCGACUUCGCGCUCUCGCAGGUGAAGUCGCUGGUGAGCGCGAGGCUGGGCGGUAAGAUGGGGGGCGGCGGCGGGGGCAGUGGCGGCGGGCGGAAGGGCGAUAGCGGGCCGAGCGCGUCGGUGGAGCUGACGGGGGACAACUUCGACGACCUGGUAGUCAACAGCAAGGACCUCUGGCUCGUCGAGUUCUUCGCCCCCUGGUGCGGGCACUGCAAGAAGCUGGCGCCCGAGUGGAGCGAAGCCGCGCGCAGCCUCAAGGGGAAGGUGAACCUGGGGCAGGUGGACUGCACGGUGGAGCAGAGCCUGGCGCAGCGGUUUAAGAUUCAGGGUUUCCCCACCAUCCUCGUGUUCGGCGCGGACAAGGAGAACCCAGUGCCGUACGAGGGCGCGCGCGUGGCCUCCGGCAUCGAGUCGUACGCGCUCGAGCUGCUCGAGCAGAACCUGGCGCCACCGGAAGUGCUCGAGAUCACUUCGCAGGACGUGCUGUCUGGGUGCACGGACUCCACCAUCUGCUUCGUCACCUUCCUGCCGCACAUCCUCGACAGCGGCGCCAGCGGCCGCAACAAGUACCUCGACACCAUCCUCGCUGUCGCGGACAAGUUUAAGAAGAACUUCUACAAGUAUGUGUGGGCAGAGGCGGGCGCACAGCCCGCUCUGGAGAAGGCCCUUGGCGUGGGGGGCUAUGGGUACCCGGCCCUCAUCGCUCUGAACGCCAAGAAGCGGGUGUUCAGCCCCUUCAAGAGCGCCUUUGAGCAAGAGAACCUCAGUGAGUUCAUCCGCCUGGCUGCACGCGGCGGGCGCGGCAUAGAGCCGGUGGAGACCAUUCCGGAGGCAGAGAGCAGGGAGGCGUGGGACGGCAAGGAUGGACAGGUGGUGGAGGAGGAGGAGUUCAGCCUCGAGGACCUCAUGGGUGAUGAUGACAAGCCGGCUGCUGAUGCCGAGCUUUAGCUGCUGGUUUUAAUUUGAUGCUUAGGCUCAAUUGUGAUACCUGGAUUUGUUUUGCUGAUGCAUUUGGAUUGUGCAUGGUGUACUGUAUCUGAUCUUUCGGGCGUGAUGGAAGACCUUGUGGUCAGUUCACUGUAAGGGGCAUGAUGGUUGAAUCGGUAGUAGUACCGUAGGCGCCUGGAUGUAAGACCGGUUUUAUUGCGGACCCAAAGGGAGUUCUUGGCAGGUAGGUCUUUUC